GUGGAGCGGGAUCCUUGCCGCUGCCCUGCCUUGCCGCGCAGUACAUAAUCACUUAUCUUACUCUGCAUGCGGUACCCACAUUCCUGACAACUUCCUCCAAAAUGCGCGGUCGCAACUCUGGAGAUCAUGGGCAAGGCAGCGCGGCACACAGCAGCCGUAUCAAUAGAAUUAUUGAGACCCUAGAGUACUUUGCGAGUCUGCGUGAGAGGAGUCGAGCCAUCGGCGCCCACGUGACGGCUUUCUUGCAAAUGCAAGCUGGCGCCUUGACGCCAGCCGACUGGAAAGCCGCGGUGGGCUCGCAUUGCCGCCUGCUUGUGUCUCUAGUCGGCGCGCACGGCUGGGCUGCUCGGGCGCUGGAGCUGGACUACGAGCGCGUGGACGCCAUGGAUGUGUUAGCUGGCACGUACAACUUGACAGCCACCCUCUUCAACCUGAUGCAGACAGAGGAGCGUAAGCUGCUGGCGCUAGCUUUCAUUAGGGCAGACACUCUCAGCCUACAUGCCCGGCUUCUGGCGCGUGUGGCUAGCGGGAGCGCCGAUGGUGACGGCAGCAACGGCAGCGGCGGCGGCAGCGGCGGCAGCGGCGGCUCAGGCACAGGCCGCGGCGCCACACGCGCAGCUAUGGCCGCGAAGCAGCGGGCCACUGUUAACAUACGUGCCCAGCUUCUGGUCAUAGAUGCCGCGUCGGCUAUGCUGCGUAUGCUGCUGUCGUGCCACGACGCCUUAUUCGAGCUGCGCGCUGCCCUUCUCCGCACCCAGCUCUUCGAGCACAUGUCGGCAGCGCUGCUGAGUGCUGCAGCUGCGACCGUGACGGGGGCAUUGACCAACAUGGACGCCAACUGGGGAUCGCUGCUCACGUGCGCUUCCAGCGUGGGGUCGUGCAUUAACUUCCUUAUGCAUGGGAUUGAACAAGAGAAGGAUUACGAGCAGCAGGAGACUCCGCAGUGGCAGCCGGAGACCGUGGGCGGCGGCGCGCCUGCCCAGCGACUGUUCCUUACACAGGUCACUGAGCUGGAGGUAGUGCGGCAGCUGUUGGGCGGCCGCUGCCUGCAGGCGUGUGCGGUCUGGAUGACGCGGGUGGUGGAGGCAACCUUGCGGGAGGGAAGCGCCGCAGGCAGCGCAGCAGCAGCCGGGCAAGCUGCCGCGCAGGAUCGGGCAGCGCAGGCUUUGGGCUCGGGGCACGGCGCGGCGGGGCCAGCUGCGGCGGCGGCGACGGGAGCGGCGGCGGCAACGACGGCUGCGCCUGCUGCUAGAUGCAGCCGGGCGCCGCAGCGGUGGCGGCCAGAGGCAGCGGGGGAUGCCGUCGCGAUCUGUCGGGCGCUGGUCAGGCCAGCUGUGCCACUCACUCUCGUCACGCAGAACACAUACACAUACAUCGUCCCCGCCGCCUUUGCUCUGGCACUAAGCGCGCGGGAUUGCCCCUUCCGUCUCGCGCUCACACCUCCACUGCGGUUGGUUGCCGACGCGGCGGGCGCCGACACGGGCGCAGGCGCACACACUGGUGCUCAGGAGCAGCAGCAGCAAGGGCCCUGCACACCUGGCUCAACAGCAGGGACGGCGGCAACAGGACCGGCAGCAGGGGCCGCCACAGCUUCCGCACGGCUGCAGGCACCAUCGCGAUCCGCGGGGCCCGAGGCUGCAGCGGUGGAACGCACAUAUGCCGUCAACACGUAUGAUGUGUUGUUUGGCGCUGUUGACGCGAUGUGCGCUGUCAGAAACACAAACGUGGAUCUGCAGGACCGCAACACAAUUGACAGCAUGCGGAUGCUGGUAUCGUUGUUGGUGCGGUUGAUGUGCAAGCUGCGGCCGCGGCAGGCGGCGGCGCGGCUGGCGGGCAUGUGGCGGGUGCUGCUGUGCGAGCUGGGGGUCACAAGGUUCAUGUACGUGGUGGCUGCAGAAGGCGGGCUGCUACUGCGGCUGCAGCUGGAGGAGGGUCCGCGCAGCAGCACCACGGCUGUAGCACUGGUAUCAGCGUCCCCAGCAGCAUACGCAGCACCGGCUGCCGUGGCGGCAACGCCACAUCCGGCGGAGCGCGCGUUGACUCCCAGCUUCAGCCUGCGGUGCGCGCUGGCGGCAGGGCUGCUACCGCGCCUCGAGGCGUUGCUGCGGAAGCCGCAGGAGGAGUGGCCGGAGGCUUACGCAACGGGCGGUAGCUCCGAUCGAUUGCUGUGGCCCUUACUUGUGGACUCUGGCAUGUGGCCGCUGGUGCUAGCGCAUGCGCCGGCGGCGCAGGUGGCAUCGCUGGUCGCCACCCUGACAGCGGCGGUGCGGCGGCUGCGCCACGGCCACCUCUCACAGGCUGCCGCGGCCGGGGGCCGCAGUAGCAGCGGCACCAGUGGCGGCAGUAGCAGCCGCGGCGGUGACACAACCGGCAGCAGCACCAAUCGGGAUGGCGGGGCCACCAGCUUAGCUGCAUCGGCGCCGGGCACACAUACCGCCGGCGCAGAUGGCAGUGAGGCAGGUGCAUGCAUUUGGGGGAAGGGGCUUGUCGGAUUGGCCGGGCGCCUUGCUACCUUGCUGGCGCAGUCCGUGUAUGCGCAGAUACAAGUCUUCAAGGUACAUGCACCAGACGGAGGUGCUCUGGGGACACCAGAAUCGCAGGCGCAGGCGCUGGAGCAGGGGCAGCUGCUGCAAGAGGAGCAAGCGCAGGAACCGAAGACAGCUGCCGUGGGGGCUGCGGGCGGCCCAUGCCGGCGGCCCAGUGCCUACUCGCCGGCAGCGGAGCAGCAGCGGCUGCUGAUGAGCCUAUGCGCGUGGCAGUGGCUGCCGCAGAUCCUGUUCCUGGCCAGGGAGGGUUUGGAGCAGUACAUGCACGACGUGGCGGCAAGGCAUCUCUCGGCUGCCAUCCUACACGCGCUGCGGGCGCAGCAGCAUGCAGCUGGUGCUGCCGGCGGUGUGGACGGCGCAGACAGCAGCAGCCCCAGCUUCGGCGGCAAUAGCGGCACUUUCAACAGCGCCAGCGGCAGCUGCUGCUGCAUCAUUCCAGCUGCCCAGGCGGCGGAUUCGUGGCGGGCCUUCCUUCACAGCCAGGAGCUUGACGCUGAGGGCUUCCUCGCGGCGCUGCUGCGGCAUAUCGACAAUUCAAACCGAUGCCCUGACGAAUACUGGUUGGCGAUGUUGCUAAUUGCCGUCGGGGCCUGGGACCCUGGAAUGCUCAUCCGUGCGGCUGUAGCGGCUGCAGAAGCAUAUGAGGGCAGUAGCAGCAGCGGCGGCAACGGCAGUAGCGGCAUCAGUGCCGCAGCUGUGGUGUCAAGAGCCCGCGCGUUGGUGGAGCGUGUCCAACGGGAGGAGGGCACUUGGCCUGGACGGCCACUGCCGGAGCUCUUCGAUUUCGUGGCCGCAGCCGUUGAGGAGCCGUCGCCCGCGCCGGGUGUCGGCGGAGUGGAAAUCGAAAGGCCUGCAGCCGCAAGGCCGCAGCCGAACGGCUGGAGGGAGCUGCAGGCGGCGGCUCUGGUGGCCGACGUGGAUUACACCGCGGCGGAGGAGCUGAUGUCCCCAGCUGAGGUGCAGGCACGCCUGCGCCGCCUGCCGGUCCCGGUUGCGACAGCAGUAGCAGGCGGCACCACGGCUGGCAGUAGCACCGCUGGAGCUGCGUCGACAGCGGCGGCUACAGCUGAGGCGGGCAGCGAGCGGGGCGUGGUCCUGUGCGGCAAUCCCGUCUGCGCCAACACGGAUGGGCCCAGCGCGCUCUUCCCAGCCGGCGGCGGCAAGACGUGCGCUCGAUGCAAGGCGGUGUGGUACUGCUGCGGCGCGUGCCAGCUGGCGCACUGGCAGCAGCAGGGCGGGCACCGGGAGGCAUGCAGCAAGGCGCAGGUGCAGACGCAGGGCCGGUAGACCCAAGUUAUAGGGAGAUGGGGUGUGCCGAAAACAACAAAACGAAGCCCGUGUAGGGGGGGACGUGCAUUUGCUUGGACAGCAUGUUUGUGGGUGUCAGUGUCGUGUGUGUGCAUGCAAUGACUUCCGAUCGUGUGUCCUGUCAACCAUGCGCCAGAAUCAUACUGUGGUGUAGUGGCGCGACGUGGCCAACGGGUAUGUUGGGAAUGGAUUCAAGUCAACAAGGACAGACAGUGCCCCUGACAUGGAACUCAACUUGACAGAAGUCUAGCAGCAUUUAUUCAUGCGCGCACCGGUAGACGUAUGCGGUGUAGCGCAAUGUGCUCGAGGAAAGUGUGGGAGGUUUGGGCAACUCUGGCGGCACACAGGCAGGAAGAGCGAUCGAGAUUCAGACGUGUGUUGCAUCCGUGCGUUUCUCGUUGGUACGGUGAAAGCUCGGUGUUCUCUUGUGUAGUGGCAAUGCAAGGUGUAAGGGCAUAGUUGUACAUAUGUUAUGUCGCAGCGUCGUGGCACUACAACGGUUCAUCACAGGUUAGGCGCGGGGGCAGAGGGCCAAGAUCUUUGACCACCGAAUGGGCCAGUCGGAUGGGUUGUCUGGCUGAGUGUUACAGUGCUGCUAUGGUUCUGUAUGGUUCUGGAACAAGGGAAUGCCGUACAGACCCGGGCAGGCUAAGCGGGGUACUGCGCGUGACCGAACUAACUGAGCGAGCGGGCUAUGUGCAUGAUACACUGGUGCGCUGGGCGAGGACGCGUGCGUGGACAUUGCAUCGGCUGCGCGCGCCGGUGGACGAUGCAUUUGCUGCGCGCGCAGGCUUCCAAAUGACGUGUGCGCGGGGACCCGCUUAGGGGGCUCACGUACACACUGCACAUCACCGCCGCAUUGCUGUCAGCACCGGUGAAUUUAUAUGCACAUGCCCCGCAUGCACGCACGCAGGUGUGGGGCCGUGGGGGGCGGCGGCGAGACCAAGCUGCCGGGUGCUGCGAGUGGCUAGGUGGGACAUGCUAAGUGCAUGGUGGCAUUGCGGGGGCGGGUGCUCUCAGGCACAGGCACAUGGUGGCAUCAAGGUGGCAUUGCCGGCGGAUGGCAAACUGCACGCGCCUCCUGGCUGUUGCUGCAUAUUCAGGGCGCACUUGUUGGAGGACUUCUUGUAACCUUAGCGACUC